AUGUAUGGCGAUUACCACUCGGACUCUGUGGGUAAAUCUGUGGAAAAUAAGGUAAGUAUUGAUGAACCCGAAGAAAGUAGUGCAGUGGAGUCUGAGAAGCUGGAUGGUUUUGUUGAUAUUUCGGAGAAAGAAGAUGAGAAGGAGGAGGAAGUGAAAAAGGUCGAUGAGCCAAAGUUUGGCAAGUUCAUGGCUAUGCUUAAGCAAUUGAAAAUUAAUGUACCUUUGGUUGAGGAACUUGAGAAAAUGCCAGGCUAUGCCAAGUUAAUGAAAGGCCUCAUCACAAAGAAGAGGAAGGUCAGCAGUGAUCAAGUGGAAAAUCUCAACUAUUUUAGAGCGGUUUCCACACAAUUCAUAGUGCAAAAGAAGGCCGACCCGGGUGUAUUCACUAUUCUGUGCAAGGUUGGGUCUCUGGAUGUUGCAAAGGCAUUAUGUGAUUUGGGUGCCAGCAUGAAUCUAAUGCCACUUGCUGUAUGUAAGAAGCUAGGUUUGGAAGAUCCAACACCUACUAACAUGCGACUGGUGAUGGAAGAUAGGUCAAUAAAGCAGCCUGUUGGAAUUUCGCAUGAUGUGUUGGUGAAAGUAGUAGACUUUAUUCUUUCUUCUGAUUUUGUGGUACUGUAUUGUGAUGUGGACUUUGAGGUACCCAUUAUCUUGGGAAGGCCACUCUUAGCAACAGGAAGAGUAAUAGUUGACAUGGAGUUGAAUAAGCUCAAGUUUAGGCUCGGUAAAAAGGAGAUUAAAAGCUCCAUCAGGUACUCUAAAAUCCCACUAAAAAGAAAGAGUCCCACAGAACCAAAGAAAGCGGCCAAAGAUGAUGUAUAUCGUAAGCUCCUCAACGAGGAAUCUGACUACGAAGAGGAGAAACCCUUGCUCAGAAAGCUAAAGAUGAAGCAGAGUCCAAAGAAAACUCCACUACCUCUACCAAUUGAGGUGGAGGAUAGUGAUGAUACUGAGUCGACCAUAGCUUCUGAGCAGGAGGGGUCUAAAAAAGGUGAGUCUGAACAGCAUGAGUCUGAACAUGAUAAAGCUGAUGAAGAGGAUCAAGAAGAAUCGGAAAAAUUUGAGUUCGAAGGAACAGCUUCCGGGUCCCCAUCCACUGAGCAACAAGAUAAUAAAGAGUCUCCACCUCGGAGGGCUCUUAUCAAAUGUAAGAACCCGAAAGUGAGGAACAAUGCUAGAUGGAAAAUCCCUAGAGCUGAAGAUAUCUAUAUUGCUAAGUUUUAA